AUCGUAGGUUUAAAUUUUCCUUUAUAAAUAAAUUGGUAUGUUGAACAAUACACGCAUUUAAUGAGUUGGCGGGAAGUUGCCGGCCAAGAUUAGCAAGGUUAUCAGAAUAGUAAAAUGACAACCGUAGAAGAAGGCGAAUCGCCUUCUGCAGAAGUUGCGGCGGGAAAUCCUGACGAAUUAGCAAAAAAUCCGACUGCGUUGAAAGAGGCUCAUGAGGAGAUGGCCACUCUUGAUGUACUGGUUUGUGGACAGUGUCACUCUGCAUUCCACUUUUAUGAAGAGUUCAAAGAGCAUAAAGAUGCUAAUAAUUGUGUUGGGAAGUCUCCAGUAAGAGAUAGUAAUGAAAGCAAAGCUCAAGUAUGGGCUUUUCUAUUGUGGAAGUGUUCUUCGGCAAGGGAUGGAUCCACAUCAAAUGCGGACAACAGCUGGAAACUAUAUCAGCAGUGGUGUCGCAUGCCGGAGGCUCAACGAACAGCAUGGAUCACAGCUGGCUCUAAUGUGCAGGCUUUGUCUAAGUUUGCACACGCUAAAGUUAUGGAAGUAAAGACUGAAGAUCAACUAGUGCCAGUCCAAACUCCCACCACAGAAGUUAAAAAAAGAGGUAGACCAAGAAAAAUACCUAAAGUGGAAGACUCUGAAGCGCUGCCAUCUGGUGAAGAAAGUGAUGACUUUAAAUCUAACCCCGCUCACAGAGCCAUGAAUAAAUCAGUUACAUUCCAAACACCAAGGCCAAAGGACUUCUCAGACAAAGAGUCUGUACGUAACGCGCAGGAGCGAGUGCCACCAGAGGAGAGGAUAGCGCGGCGCACGGAGCGCGAGGGAGCAGAUCCCGCGGAGGCUGGCGAGUACGUUGUAGAGAAGAUCCUCGCCAAACGAUUCAACCCGCGCCGGAAACAGUAUGAAUACUUACUCAAGUGGGAAGGAUAUCCACAUGAGCAAAACACAUGGGAGCCAGUAGAGAAUAUGGAGACAUGUAAACAUCUUCUGGAAGCGUUUGAGAAGCAGCUCGCGAGACAGAAGGAACUGAAGGCCCUCAGGGCUCAACAGCAACAGCAUCCUGUGCAGGUUAAACAAAUUAGCACACCUUUGCCACAAAUUGUCAAGCAGGUUGUUAAAAAAUCUGACAGCCCCAUGAUUUCUUCUUCUGGUCGCCUACAAAGAACAAGUAAAGUGCGUGCACUGGAUCAGGUGAAGGCGUGGUGCGGCGCAGAGGACGAGCCCGCCGCUAAGAAGAUAAAGAAGGAACUGUCCAGCGAAGAGGAGGACUAUUCCGACGCAGAAUCGCCCAGGAGUAACAUGCAAACUGAGAAGAGAGUACUGAAUGGGAAUGGUAUGGAAUCACCAAAGUCAUCAUUAGACCCUGAACUUGUGAAGUCACUCGGGCUCAGUGGCAAGGGCAUGCCGAAUAUAAAGGGGGUUAUACAAGUUGAUCCGAAACAUAUGCCGAAUCUUACCACAGGUAUUUACAUAAUGUCGAAAAGUUCAGGCAUAAUGAAGAUUGAUUCACCUGGAAAACUAGGUCCCGGCCUGAACAUUGACCAAGAUGUGAUCCGAAAACAAAUAUUAGCAGCUAAGCAGAAAAAGCUUGAAGAAAGUAAAAAGAAUGCGUCACCGAUGAGAACACCUCUCUCUGCACAGCCUAAACGAACAUACUCAGCAAGCGGACAACAAGUUACAGAAAAGACCAUUAUUACACCGUCAGGACAGAAGAUUAUUCAGCGCACAAUACAGCGGCCGUUCGGACAGUCUGAGGGCAAAUCGCCCGUCACUAUCCUUAACAAAAAGCUGGCGCAGGGUGACAGUUUGUUGCGGCGCGGCGGGUCUAUGCGUGGUCGCGGUCGGGGCGGGUAUUCUGUGUCUACGGCCGGUGGCAACAUCGUGCGUAUUCGUGAUAAAACUACGUCCUUUGACUUUGACAAGUCGGACGCAUCUUCGGAAUCAUCGGACGGCAUAGAGGAUCCGUUCCCAAGUGAUCUUGGUCCCUUACCAUCGCCGAGUCCGGAGCGCGAGUUGACCCUUUGUCCAUUAACGGGCAAACGAUUGGCGCGCGCAGAAGGCGAGCCUACACCUCCGCCGACACCACCCCCACCGCCCACCCCGCCGCCCGCCACCACUCCGCCACCCCAUCAUAAUGCUACUAUGCUUAUGAAGGUGGAGAUGUCUCCGGGAGGCACGACAGGGAUGUUGGUGCAAGGAGACGGAGCACAGCCAUCCUUACCUGUGCUCACAGAUGAAGAUGGAACAGAAGUAAAGAUCGAGGCGAGUGCGGUGAAACAACUUCUAGAAGAAGGCGUGGGUGUUGACGACGGCGAGGAAGUGGGCCUGCUGCACGCUGGACACCCACCAAUCAUGAUCCGCGGUGAAGAUGGGGUUCUCUAUCAAGUCGCCGGUGAGAACGAGGACGGGCAAACAGUGCUGGUGGCGGCGCAGGGGGUAGAGGGUGUGGAGGGUGUGGAAGGCGCAGUUGAGGGCGAGGAGCGCGGGGACGGCGAGGGCGAGGGUGUCAUGUAUGUCACCAGGGAAGAGGGACAGGACAUGCUGUCGAUUGACUCGAGUCAGUUGGCGCAGCUGCUGCCGGGAGGCGAGGCGGGCGGCGCGCUGCAGCAAGUUGCCGUGCAGAUGGAGAGCGAGUCGGGCGAGGACUCCACGCAAGUCAUCGCGCAGCUCGUGCAGGCCGACCUGCCUUCGCCAGGUGGCACACGGCGUGUAGUUUUGUUAUUACCUGACGGCACACUCACAAUGGCGGAGCUGGACAAGGAACAGUACGAGACUAUAACGGGGGCCAGCAAGCCGGAAUGAGGUUCGGAUGACAUUAUGAAAUGUUUCCUAAUGGCCUAGUGUCCCUCAGUGCAUAAUGUGUUUACUGUGUGUGAACAUGGAUAAGAUGUUUUUAAGUGGACGGAGUUUGGAAUAAUUGUAAUUGUGCUAUAGAUGGUUCAACUUAAUUUGGCGCGCUGUGUUUGACGAUUGACAGGUAUGACUUUGUGGUUUAUAUUUUGGUCAUAUUUAGCACCACGCGACAAUAUGACUUAAACUAUCUAUACGACUGUUUGGUUUGUAAGAAUAAUUUAAUUUAAAUUUUUAAUAUAAAUGACUAAAACUUAACUCGGUACACUCAUAUUUUUAUGAGUGUAAAUUUAAUGUUAUAUUUAUUAAAAACAG